CAUCGAUGUGCGACCCGCCCUGCUGGUUGUCAUAGUGACGGCUGAAGAGUCGCUCGGUUUUCAAUCGGAAAAAGAAAAAGGCAAUGCCCCGUCCCAGGUAUGGGCUCACCCUGCGUGAUAUCGCUUUAAUACAGGGCUGACACGGGGAACAAAAUGCGACUAAUGGUAUCUCUGUAAAUAUAAUAAUAUAGCACUCACUGCCUGCUAUAUACACAGGUCAGUAUGUGUUUAUACAGUCUGGGGGAUAGAUGGCUCACACAUUAUUAAACAGGAAAAUGGCCAGAGAAUGAAUGGGGGCACCCAUGGCUAGCACUCACUGCCCUGCUAUAUACCCAGGUCAGUAUGUGUUUAUACAGUCUGGGGGAUAGAUGGCUCACACAUUAUUAAACAGGAAAAUGGCCAGAGAAUGAAUGGGGGCAGCCAUGGCUAGCACUCACUGCCCUGCUAUAUUCCCAGGUCAGUAUGUGUUUAUACAGUCUGGGGGAUAGAUGGCUCACACAUUAUUAAACAGGAAAAUGGCCAGAUAAUGAAUGGGGGCAACCAUGGCUAACAAUCACUGCCCUGCUAUAUACCCAGGUCAGUAUGUGUUUAUACAGUCUGGGGGAUAGAUGGCUCACACAUUAUUAAACAGGAAAAUGGCCAGAGAAUGAAUGGGGGCAGCCAUAGCUAGCUCUCACUGCCCUGCUAUAUACCCAGGUCAGUAUGUGUUUAUACAGUCUGGGGGAUAGAUGGCUCACACAUUAUUAAACAGGAAAAUGGCCAGAGAAUGAAUGGGGGCAUCCAUGGCUAGCACUCACUGCCCUGCUAUAUACACAGGUCAUUAUGUGUUUAUACAGUCUGGGGGAUAGAUUGCUCACACAUUAUUAAACAGGAAAAUGGCCAGAGAAUGAAUGGGGCAGCAAUGGCUAGCACUCACUGCCAUGCUAUAUACCCAGGUCAGUGUGUGUUUAUACAGUCUGGGGGAUAGAUGGCUCACACAUUAUUAAACAGGAAAAUGGCCAGAGAAUGAAUGGGGGCAACCAUGGCUAGCACUCACUGCCCUGCUAUAUACCCAGGUCAGUGUGUGUUUAUACAGUCUGGGGGAUAGAUGGCUCACACAUUAUUAAACAGGAAAAUGGCCAGAGAAUGAAUGGGGGCAGCCAUGGCUAGCACUCACUGCCCUGCUAUAUACCCAGGUCAGUAUGUGUUUAUACAGUCUGGGGGAUAGAUGCUCACACAUUAUUAAACAGGAAAAUGGCCAGAGAAUGAAUGGGGGCUGCCAUGGCUAGCACUCACUGCCCUGCUAUAUACCCAGGUCAGUGUGUGUUUAUACAGUCUGGGGGAUAGAUGGCUCACACAUUAUUAAACAGGAAAAUGGCCAGAGAAUGAAUGGGGGCAGCCAUGGCUAGCACUCACUGCCCUGCUAUAUACCCAGGUCAGUAUGUGUUUAUACAGUCUGGAGGAUAGAUAGCUCACACAUUAUUAAACAGGAAAAUGGCCAGAGAAUGAAUGGGGGCAGCCAUGGCUAGCACUCACUGCCCUGCUAUAUACCCAGGUCAGUAUGUGUUUAUACAGUCUGGGGGAUAGAUAGCUCACACAUUAUUAAACAGGAAAAUGGCCAGAGAAUGAAUGGGGGCAGCCAUGGCUAGCACUCACUGCCCUGCUAUAUACCCAGGUCAGUAUGUGUUUAUACAGUCUGGGGGAUAGAUGGCUCACACAUUAUUAAACAGGAACAUGGCCAGAGAAUGAAUGGGGGCAGCCAUGGCUAGCACUCACUGCCUGCUAUAUACCCAGGUCAGUAUGUGUUUAUACAGUCUGGAGGAUAGAUUGCUCACACAUUAUUAAACAGGAAAAUGGCCAGAGAAUGAAUGGGGGCUUCCAUGGCUAGCACUCACUGCCCUGCUAUAUACCCAGGUCAGUAUGUGUUUAUACAGUCUGGGGGAUAGAUGGCUCACACAUUAUUAAACAGGAAAAUGGCCAGAGAAUGAAUGGGGGCAGCCAUGGCUAGCACUCACUGCCCUGCUAUAUACCCAGGUCAGUAUGUGUUUAUACAGUCUGGGGGAUAGAUGGCUCACACAUUAUUAAACAGGAAAAUGGCCAGAGAAUGAAUGGGGGCAACCAUGGCUAGCACUCACUGCCCUCCUAUAUACCCAGGUCAGUAUGUGUUUAUACAGUCUGGGGGAUAGAUAGCUAACACAUUAUUAAACAGGAAAAUGGCCAGAGAAUGAAUGGGGGCUACCAUGGCUAGCACUCACUGCCCUGCUAUAUACCCAGGUCAGUGUGUGUUUAUACAGUCUGGGGGAUAGAUUGCUCACACAUUAUUAAACAGGAAAAUGGCCAGAGAAUGAAUGGGGGCAGCCAUGGCUAGCACUCACUGCCCUGCUAUAUACCCAGGUCAGUAUGUGUUUAUACAGUCUGGGGGAUAGAUGGCUCACACAUUAUUAAACAGGAAAAUGGCCAGAGAAUGAAUGGGGGCAGCCAUGGCUAGCACUCACUGCCUGCUAUAUACCCAGGUCAGUAUGUGUUUAUACAGUCUGGGGGAUAGAUGGCUCACACAUUAUUAAACAGGAAAAUGGCCAGAGAAUGAAUAGGGCAGCCAUGGCUAGCACUCACUGCCCUGCUAUAUACCCAGGUCAGUAUGUGUUUAUACAGUCUGGGGGAUAGAUAGCUAACACAUUAUUAAACAGGAAAAUGGCCAGAGAAUGAAUGGGGGCAGCCAUGGCUAGCACUCACUGCCCUGCUAUAUACCCAGGUCAGUAUGUGUUUAUACAGUCUGGGGGAUAGAUGGCUCACACAUUAUUAAACAGGAAAAUGGCCAGAGAAUGAAUGGGGGCAACCAUGGCUAGCACUCACUGCCCUCCUAUAUACCCAGGUCAGUAUGUGUUUAUACAGUCUGGGGGAUAGAUGGCUCACACAUUAUUAAACAGGAACAUGUCCAGAGAAUGAAUGGGUGCAGCCAUGGCUAGCACUCACUGCCCUGCUAUAUACCCAGGUCAGUAUGUGUUUAUACAGUCUGGGGGAUAGAUGGCUCACACAUUAUUAAACAGGAAAAUGGCCAGAUAAUGAAUGGGGCAGCCAUGGCUAGCACUCACUGCCCUGCUAUAUACCCAGGUCAGUAUGUGUUUAUACAGUCUGGGGGAUAGAUUGCUCACACAUUAUUAAACAGGAAAAUGGCCAGAGAAUGAAUGGGGGCUGCCAUGGCUAGCACUCACUGCCCUGCUAUAUACCCAGGUCAGUAUGUGUUUAUACAGUCUGGGGGAUAGAUGGCUCACACAUUAUUAAACAGGAAAAUGGCCAGAUAAUAGAACAUGGCAAUAACCACAGUAGUUUAUGGUUUUAUUGUAUUUUUAAGAAGGAAUAGAGGUACACACUAUUGGGGGUUAAAGUUGCUUCCAUCACUGCAUAGUUUACUGCAUAGUUUACACUGCAUAUAUUUUAAUGUUAGCUAGUGGGUUGUGCAAAAAAGUUCCCAAAUUCAUAGUUCCUUCAUUUUGAAAGUACAGAAGAUUAAUUUUAAAGGGGAACUGUCAGUCCUAUGGAAAUUAUACCACUGAAUAAAAUGUUAAAUAUUUUCUUUUACGUGCGUGUGAAAGAUUUAGCAGUUGACAGUUCAGUUCAGUCCUAGCACAGUCAAGGCACACACUGCAUUAUCAUUAUUAUUAAUUAUUAUUAUUAAUAAAGAAGGAUAUACAGAAUCAUUCUCUCCUCUCUAAUGUCUGUCAGUGUUUUGACUGACAGUUAUUGACAGGAAGCCAAGAUGAAGGCACUCAGGGUAACUUACAUUAUCUGAUGAGGACACGUUGUUAAUGUGGCGGUAUGUCAAAACACAACUCCAAUGGAUUCAAAUAAUUUCAUAUCUAUCUGUAUGCCCACUCAUAACUCUUUAUAUGAGCCAGGCAGUUUCACAUAAACCUGAAUAAAAUAUAUAAUCUAACUCAAAUGAUUCUGAAACCUAGAUUGUGAGUAAUUACACGCAAGGCAAUGUUUUGUUUGUUCCCAUUGUUUAUAAGUAUUAUUGAUGCACUUUAUUAUGAUUUGACUGCUCAUUUUACUUCCUUGUGGAAUAUGCUGGAAAUAUGUUGUAGCGGAGGCCUGGUAUUCCACAGGUUAACUCCACUAAAGAUCCCAGUGAGGCUCAGGAACAAGUCAUGAAAAAUCCCAUAAAGUAAUAAUUCCAGCCAGCAAGGUAAUCCAAGAAUAUCCCCAUACAGAUCCCAAUGACUGGACGACACACAGCAUCAGGAGCAGAACUAACUUUUAUUCCACACAACCUCCUUUUAAGCAUUCUCCCAUGCAAGGGAGGGAUUCACAUUCAUUAGUACAGUACCCAAUGGAAUAGCAGUUACCUCCCACACAUCUCCUCCCCUUAGUAUGACACUUCAUCCCAUUACACAGGGUAUAAUUUUCCCCAAGUUCUGGAUGUACCCUAAGAUUAGCAGAUACACCAAUACUUGGUACCCCCCUCUUAGCCCUGAUCUGGGUGACUAACAUAUCCAAAAUUCACCCAGAUCAGACCAGGGGUUUGGGAGUUAGGUGGCGGGUAUAAUUUGACCGACCACACACGAGGUGGUAUCCAAAAAGGGUUCCAUGUGUUUUGGCCCUGCGGUUGGUCUCCGUUCGGGAGUUGAAAGACAUAUAAAAAACUGCCAUCCACUAAUACAUUUAUGUUUGUAUGAUUCCCAUCAUUCGGUACUUUAAACUUACCGAACGGGGGGGCUCAUUUUCCUUCCCGUUCGGGAGUUACGGAGUUCUGGAGGUGUCAGCGGUGUUCGGGUAAUUGAGUGUCCGAUUUGAGUUCCAGACACUCGACGGCCAAACACUGCUGAGCCUUUCGUGUGUAAGAUGGCCGCCGCCACGUGUUCGCAUGCCGAAUGGCGGCCACCCAGAUACAUACAUAAAACAUCUAUUAGUCUGCGGUUAGCGAGCAAUUUGCAGCUUAACGAGGGACACACUUCACUCUGGGGUGGUCUAUUGGUUCGGUAGUUUCCAUUCGUAUGAAAUCACACGAAUUCUACUUACAAUUUACUAUACAGCAGAAAUAACACACCAAUUGCAGGAUUCUCACAGUUUUUAAGGAUAGCCAUAGUACCAUCCGCUACAUAUGUAAAUUGGUAAAUAACAUUAAAUGGAAUUUUAAUAGUCUCAAACAAGUACUUGGAUAUAAAGAUUGACAUGCUUCUGACUUUGUGAAGUCUUAUAGUGUGAUUGUCUGUGGCGUUGGAUGAGUAUAAUUGUUUGUGGGGGUGGCUGGCUGAGUGUGAUUGUGUGUAGUGUUAUGUAGAGAGCAUGGGAAAUGUGUGUAGACUAUCAAUAAUAAUAACAAUUUUCAAUACAAAAAAUUAAGCUGAACUGCUUUUAGUUGAACUUAUCAUUGUAUUUGAAGGUUCUGUUGCGUAUUUCCAUAAUUCAGUUCUGGGUUUAAUGGAUUUGGAUGCAUAUGGUCAUGAUUAAAUGUGAUCUGUGCUCUUUGUCUGAGCAGUGUAUUUGCACAGAGCUGACAUGGCACCUUCUGGGGGUGAAUCUUUACCCUGUGUCACCAAAGCCAAUUGCAUAUAACCAGGAAAGGUACAUUUUAUAUAUAUAUACAUUUGCUAGAUUUCAGGUAUUUUCUGAAGACAUUUUGCUCUCUUAACCUUGUCUUAUUUCAGUCAAGUGAGCCAACAUAAACUAUAAUUUGAAGCGCAGGCUUAAUACCUAUCAACAGGACCUUUAGAAGUCCAGGCAAUAAUACAAUUUUUAGAAUUCUUCUUUUAUUUCAUCUUAUAAUUAAAGAAAUAUACAAGUUGUGUAAAGUUUUUUUUUUUUUUGUUUUUUUUGUUAUUAGCAAAAUACACAAAUGUUUAUCUGCCCGUAUUUCUGUUACAUUGAUUUCAGUGACAGCCUUUGGGACAUAGCUAUAGCAGAAGUUCAGAGAAAGGAAAAUGGUGGAAAUGAAGAUGAUUCAGAAGGAGCAGGACAGUCGGAUCGAUCUGUGUUCUUCAUGGGAAACAAAAAUGGGGUAAAAAAGUUAUUGCACAUUCACAGACUAUUGGUAUUCAUUGUGUUGAUCCCUGCAGCGUAGUUUUUAAACAGAAAACGUGAUCAUCUCACCAUAUAGUGUGCCUUUCCGUUGUAUUUCUAGUAUAUAACUAAAGUGGAGGAGGCAUGUCUGCAGGUUUUAUUGUAGCAGCAACAUUUACAGGGAUAUUCACUAAAAUUAGAAUUCAAAGUGAAUUUUCCAAUUUCGUUUUUAGUGAUUUUAGUAGAUAUUUAAGGUCAAAAUAGCCAGACUGUCGCCAGUCAAUUAUGCUUUCAGUUUGACUCUGGUCUUAAAUUCACAUUGAAUUAUCAAUGCAGAGCAUGGAGACGCUGAAUGUAGGUGCUGCAUACCUACGUUUACAUUGAAACGCCUGCAGGGACAUGCCAUAGACACGAGAACCACUAUAUAAAGCUGUAGUUUUCCAUUAAUAUGGAAACUAAGUCUAUAAAUAAGUAUAUAUAUUUAGAUUACUCACUCCCUUUUGUUAUCGCCUAGACAGUCUCCUCACUGCAGCCUUCUGUGAGAUCAUUAGUCAUGAUGAUUUCUGUCCAAUGAGAUGCUUCUCGUAUAGAAGUAUUGAGGACACAUGGUCCCUUUUCAUCAAUCACUACUAUCCACUAUUCCAGUUUUUCCCUAUGAGAAACAGCCAAUCAUCUGCAUCAUGCUAUGCAUAAGGAUGCCAAACAUGAAGACCUGUAGGUUUAGUCCUGCAAUGUAAUGCAAAGCCGUUCAGUAAAUACGGCAAUGUUUACAUUGCAGAGCUAAACACACAAUCUUAUGGCUGUCUUUCUUACAGCCACUAGAGGGUGCUACCACAGCAAUAACCAAGUCAGAUUUUUUUGUUCAAUUAAUGCUUCUCAAAGAGAGCAUUUGAAUGGGUGAGAACAGCAUUUUGUCAUUAAGUGUUUUUCAUCCUGAAUGCCUUUGUGAGAAGCAAUGGAUUGGAUGAGAAUGCAGAACACGACCGCAUGCUUUCUGACAAAGAAGGAGGCGGAGCAGACAGCUGCAGCAACAGUGUCUCGAUGCUGAAAAUGAGGUGGAUUAAAAAAAAAUGUAACUUACAUUUUAAAACAGAAAAGAGGUUGGACAGAGGUCACUGUAAUGGAAGGGAACGUUUAGUCCAGGUAAAAAAAAUAAAUAAAUAAGUUUAUUGUCAAUAUGUAACAUUGUCAUAAUGUACAGUUUAGAAAUAUGCAAACCCAGUCCCAUAUAAAACAUAAAAUAUAUACAUUUCAAAAUACAAAAAAUGUACGUUUGUGUCCAAAUAAUGUAUCAAUUUUAAAUAUUUAAUAGUGUAUUUAUGUUGUAAUGAAAUUGUACUGUUUAUCUCCUAAAAGUAACAGCAUAUACAUUUUAUUAUAGAUAUCUCACAAGUCACACUAGUUUUGACAGGAAUAAUAAGGACAGUUUAUAUUUUAAGUAAUGGAAAUUCAAUGCAUGGCCUGUAAAGAAAAACAAACAAACACACACUAGUAACUAUUCAAAUAGAUUUAUUAAUGCCAUAUUCUGUAUUAAGCCAUUCCAUUUGAAAAACAUUCUCUUUCUUCUUGAUAAUAGACUGUCUGGCCGCCCCUCUCCAUUGACUUUUAUUUACCCAGUCAAUAUUUUAAAACCCUAACGCAAAUAAAUUUUUUGUGUGAUAACAAGUGUCUUUAUAUCUUUACAUCUUUAUCAUGAAACUAAUUGAUGUGGUUUAUCUACAGCAGGCAUCUUAAACAUCGGUCUCCAGAUGUUUCUGAACUACAGCUCCCGUUACUGUCCGGCACCUGUUGCAUUCAAAAAACCUUUGGAGUUGAAGGCCAGCAACAUCUGGGGGGAAGAGUUUGAGAUCCCUUAUUUAAAGUAUUCGACUUGAUGAAUAAUUAGGAAUAAUUUUACUUACCUUUUGGGUUUUAUUUUUAUAUAUCUAGGGAAAGACAACUAUUAUUCUGCGAUGUCUUGACAGGUAAUAUAUUUACGUUCAUAUUAUUUAUUUUGUGCAGUUUCUUGAUAUUUCUUUAUUAACUGUUAAAUAUUGUGUACCAUGAAAAGCUAGUAGAAAACCAUAAUGCAUAGAAGACACUGAUAAUCUACAACAUUAAAACGACCUGUCUAUUGUUAUGUACGUCCCCUUGUGCUGCCAAAACAGCUCUGAUGCAUCCAGGUGUGAACUCCACAAGACCUCUAAAUGUGACCUGUGGUAUCUGGCACCAACACAUUAGUAGCAGAUCCUUUAAAGAAACACUCCGGUCACCUUAACAACUUAAUCUAAAUCCCCUUUAAAAGGCACUUUUGGUGGUGGACAGGGGUCAUCAUGGGCACUCUGAGCGCUCUGCAGCUAGGCAGCCCCAUACGCAGCAAACUGCAAUGCACUGUGUGUCCUAAUACUUUUCUAUCAUGUCCAGCAUUACGAUUUUCUUUAGCAACUUGAGCUACAGUAGCUCUUCCUUGUGAUCGGACCAGGCGUGACGGAUUUCACUCCCCACUUGCAUCAAUGCCUUGGGUGCCAAUGACCUUGAUACUGGCUCACUGAUUGUCCUUCCUUGCAACACUUUUAGUAGAUACUAAACACUGCAUACCGGAAACACCCUACGUUUUGGAGGUUGUCUAGCAGUCACUUUUUGGCCCUUAUCAGAGUCACUCAGAUCUUGUUGCUUGCCCAUUUUAAAAAUGCAGAAACCCAAUAACCUAUUCACAUUGUAAGAAAAUGUGUGCCUUGUAAGGGGGGCAUCCUAAAACCUGGUACCAAGAUGUAGAUGCUCUAGGGAUUAACAUUUAUUCACUUCUUAACAACCCUGAUUAUAAAUCAUUUAACUGUAUAUUAAUUAUUUAUAAUCAAAUGAGAACUUAAAGUAAACAUAGCACCUCAUUUAAAAUCGAUAUAAUGUUAAAACUGUAAAGUGAAUUACCGUUUUUGAUAGCAUCUUGUUCUCAUUCAGUGGUCUGCGUGCACAUAGAGUCCCUUUAAUGUUGUCUUGUAACACAGGGUUGAGCAAGGUGUUGUUGCACUGUACCCUGCCAGCCUCUAACAACAUGCUUCUCAGGUGCCAUUCAUGUUCCUUCAUCUUAUCUAAAAGGGAUUCUGUUUGCAUGACAGGGAUGAAGUACCCAAGCCGACCUUGGCACUAGAAUAUACGUUUGGAAGAAGAGCGAAAGGACACAACACAGUAAGUUUUGGAAACCAGUGGUUUAUGUUAAAUAUAUGGAAGGUCUAUAAACUGAUGAUUUGAUUACGCCACAGAGUAUAAAUGUUUACAAAAAUUCUGAAAAUAGAUAAUAGCACAGUGCAUUAAUUAGUUCACCAGUCAUAACUAAUGAUUCAGAGUAUCAUAUCAGAUUCAUUCAGCACUUUAAUAUAAAUAAUUACAGUAUCGAGAAUAAAGUGCUCUAGUGCAAAAGAGAUUGUAGCUACUAUCACCAGUGUUUUGUCACUCUCUGUAAACACAUAAAACAUGAACUAAAUAACAUACAAGGUGAGAGCUAACAACACACACAGUGUAUACUACCACUUUCGGUCUGACUUUAGAUGAAUGUAUUCAGAGAUAUUCUGCAAUGAAAAUACAGAGACCAUAGUGUAGUAUAUACAAUAUAAAAUGAAUCUGCAAAAAACAAAUCAGUUUCACUCACAUGUUGCUGAGCCUAUUAUUAUAGCAGGCUCAGACUUUUAGCAUAUAGACAGGUAUCUCCCUCUGGAUCUUUCUUGCUCACAGAUAUAUCUUCAAUACGAUCACCGCACAAAUCAGGUUCCAGGCAGGUGAAGUAUAAAAAUGUGAUUUAUUAAGGGAAAUAAUAUUCUAAAUAUGGGUUAAAAUUUAAAAUUAAACUAGUACACAGCAGCACUAAUGCGUUUCAACCAUUAAAGGACCACUAUAGGCACCCAGACCACUUCAGCUUAAUGUGGGUGCCAGGUCCAGCUAGGGUUAACUCUUUUUUUUUUUUUUUUUAUAAACAUUGCAGUUUCAGAGAAACUGCUAUGUUUAUGUUAGGGUUAAUCCAGCCUCUAGCGGCUGUCUCUUGAUUUUCACAGUGAGAAGACUCCAGCGUCCAUAGGAAAGCAUUGUAAAUGCUUUCCUAUGAGACUGGCUGAAUGCGCGCACAGCUCCUGCCUCGCAUGCGGAUUCAGCCGAAGAGGCGGAGAGGAGGAGGUGAGCUCCCCGCCCGGCGCUGGAGAAAGAGGUAAGUUUAACCCCUUCCUCCCCCCUCAGCGCCACAGGAGUGGGACCCUGAGGGUUGGGGCACCCUCAGGGCAAUAUAGUGCCAGGAAAACGAGUAUGUUUUCCUGGCAGUAAAGUGGUCCUUUAAGGUCUUUAUCAAAGUGCAUAUGAAUCAGUCUGUGUUUUCAUAAUUUGCAUGGCUUUUUCCAAAUCUCACGCGUUUUUCCAGGACUUCCGGGUUUGUAGUGCAAUCUUCUCAUCAUGACAUUCGGUGUUCUACCGUAACGUCUGACGCCAUUGACAUCCCGAUCUAGCAUCCGACGUCAUCACGUGAAGAUAGAUCUUUGAUCUUAUAUGCCGACUAGCAUGCCAUCUUACAUUCUGGCAAGUUAGUCUUUUUCAUUUAAUAUUAUACACCACAGUCCUUGCAUAAGUCCAUUAUUAAUACAAAACAUAAAAAAAUACCUGUAAUAACAUAAUUAGUAUAAAAGGGGGGUGGAUCUACUAAAGUGGUCAAAAAUAUAUAAACAUUAUAUCGAUCUUGGUAGUUACACCCCCUUUUUUCCCUUCUGAUAUAUUUUCUUAUUUGGUACACAACCUUUUAGAUAAAUAGGUAUAGAGAUGUAUACUAAUUAUGCUAUUUCAGGUAUUUUAUUUAUGUUUUGUAUUUAAUUAUGGACUCAUGUUAGGACUGUGGUGUAUUAUAUUAAAUGAAAAAGACUAACUUGCUAGAAUUUAAGAUGGUGUGCUAGACAGCAUAUAGGAUUUAAGAUCUCCAAAUAAUUUCAUAUUUUUGGAUGAACUUUUAAAAUGAUUUUUAUUAUGAACAUUAUGAAAAAUAUUUAAUUUAAAAAAAAUAUUUUUCAAAUAUAUUGAUAUAUAUUUUUAUCUAUGAACUAUAUUUCGAUAUUUAAAUAUCUUGGAGAAAAAAAAACAUUUUAAAAAGGUAUCCAAAAAUAUUAAACAAUUUGGAAAGCUUACCCAACAAUAUUUAAUUGAGGCCAUGGAUAGCCGUUCCUCAUCCUGUGAUGGAAACCGUGCUGGAGAUCUAGGAAUCUGACUAGCUGUGAAUGAGAGCACUAUAAGGAUGAGAUACUUGUGUUUGUUUUGUUUGGGUUUUUUUAGGCUUAGAUUGAGAUAGAAUUCUAAUACAUAGUUCAGUAAAGCUAUCUUUUGGCAGUCAAAACCCUUUGUAAGGCCUUGACACAUACUUGUUGGAGCCAAAAAUGUAUUGUGCCAGAACCUGUGUCCUUGGACUCACUUUGGCGUACCUGACAGUCUCUUAGUUAAAGGUUUAGGAGUUGAUAAUGCUGGCUGGCUCCCAUGUGACCCUGUAAACCUAGCCUAUACUGUCACGGAAUAAAAUUUCCACUUGGUACUAGUCAUUGGUGAUUUAAAAUGUAGCCUUGAUAAGUAGAAAUUCACCCAUGGAGGGUAUGCUACGACUUGCAGUGGCAAUUAAUGUCUAAGUCCUGGUUAGUAGCAUAGGACUAUACAUUUUAAACCCUGCAUCUUUAUUCUGCUUUGUUAAUACACGCCUGAUAUAAUUAUACCUACACCAAGUGAACUUGCUGAAGAGUUCACAGGAGAAUUCCUUAUACAUUCACACUUGCACUACUAUGAUUAGAUAACAUUUCUGAUUAUUAUCUUUUGAGUAGCAGAAUGUACUAGCUUUAUCUAUAGUUUCAAAGUUUGUGUGCUUCUUAAAAAAUGCUGACUAUAUCAAAGUGAUCUAAGAGUUCAUCUAGUAAAAACUUCCACUUUUAUGAGAUAAAUCCGACUUUGUUUUAAUUCCAUCUUCAGUAAGUAGCCUUUUAACCUAGUUGUAGUUAAUGUUUUUGUUUUUUUGCAUAGUAUUUAAAAUGAUAUACGGUUUACUAUUUAAACAAACUCCAAAUACACAAACACUUCAGCUUGCUGAAUUUUUGUGUCUGGAGUUUGUCAUUCUUAUUUUAUUUUAUACCUAUAAAAGGGAUGAUUUCAAUAGAAAUCAACACUUUGAUAAAUUCGUGCCACAAAGGUAACGGAAGUAGCAGACGCGGUAGGCUAAAGUGUGUCUGCCUUUACCUCGCUUGGCUGUAUGCCGUUUGGCUGUGCUCAACCCUAGAGACUUCUCAGUGGUCAAUCCACUGGCACCGAAUAAGCGUAAAAUAGGAUGGGGCUACCAAGAGGAAGAGCAGGGUUACACUCUUGGUGUAACGGGUUCAUAAGGAGCUGCAAAGAAGGGCACAGUGUUGUAUUUGAGUGCGUUAAAGAGUGCUGAACUCACUGUUUUGUUUUUUGUUUUUUAAUAUGUUAUUUAGGAAAGUGUCUAAAACAAAAGCCGCAGUUCUACAACUCGAAUGAUUGAUUGUUAUUGUGGAUAUUCAGUAAACUGAGAUUUAAGGAAUUGACAAGGGGAUUGCAUAUAUCAACCAUGCUGAAAAGGUCACUAUAGUUGAUUCUUGUUUUUUUAGUGUAUUUUGUGUACCCACUUCAGCUUUUAUGUCUUAUAAUUUACCCAUGGUUCACUAACGCCAGCGUUUACUCUUGAGAUGGUAUCUGAAAAGAAUCUACAAUGAUCAACUAAUGGGUCUAUUUUCCAAGCAGUGAGUUAUCUGACAAGUUACAUGCGGGACAAAAUCUCCAGCUUAUCGGAGUUCACUGUAUUUCUCUAACCUGGUAUAAUACUAAUCACAUGAACUCAAUGUACCUUUAUUUUAUCACUUCUCGUCCACAACAUAGAUGAUAAAGCACUAAUUGGCGUUGUAACUUUCAUAACAUACACAUUUUACAGUACAUUAUAAAAAUAUGAGUUGUAUAACAUUUUUCUUGUUUUACAGAACACUAUGUAUUUUAUAUAUUAAUAAAAUAAUUACUGAUAAAAGUUUAAAGCCAGAUCUGUGAUGGAUAAUUAAAGUGUUUUUUUCACAGACUGUGAUUUAUUUAGUUAUUUUUUUUUUUUUGAUCACCCCUCCUCCCCCACCAUCUAUCACUAUUGGAUUUUCCAGCUGUGGUCAUUUUCUAGCGUUUGGAGGGGUGUUAGGUCUCUUCCUUUGUCUGCUCUUUCCUGUGCAUGCUCAGUCCACCCUACACUUCCAAUAAUCACCAGCAGGACUGACCAUGCACAGGCUCUUGAUGUUUGACAUGGACAGGUGAGAAUUCAGGGGAAAUUUUCACUUUAAACUAGGCUGUUGUGUCUCCUUCAUAAGGAAAGAAAAAGCACCUCAAUCCUCACAAAUAAAGGAAGAAUAGCCUUUACUUAAGUAAAGUUUGCAUCACUGCUGGGCCAUGUGGGGGAAGUGCUGGAUUAAUGCUGGCGAGGUUCAUGCCUACACCUGCACAUCAUCAGAAAAUUUCACUUGACAAAGGAAGAGGAAGUAAAGCUUGUUUUUCCAGUUUUGUCAAGUAGGAGAAAAUAGUAGUCCCUACUUUGCCUUAUGUAUUUUAAGAGAAAUAAAUCGCAUAAGAAGAAAUAAAAAACAAAUUGAUAAUAUUGAGAAACAGGAGAUUUAGAGACAGGAAGAAAAGAAAAAUUGAGUGAGAAAGGUACGUUAAAUGUAACAGAGCCGCUUUAGUGACAGCAUAUGCAGUUGUAUAUAUCAUUUUUGGCUAGUUAUUUUUGUUCCUUGGCUGUUUUGUACUACAUUUGGCUGUCUGUGCAUCAAGGGAAAUGUAGUACAGAAUAACUGAACCACUAAAGAUUACACAUCACUGCUGUAGAUCUACAACAGAACAAUGAGUCCCUUAUAUGAAGAGAGUAUGCACAAGCCAAAAACAAUGCAUAUUGCUACAGGUGAUAUAUAGGGUAAGCCCAUUGAUUAUACAUCAGUAGUUAAAUACAAUAAGGAUUUGGGCAUCUCCUGAUCAGGUGCGCCAUUUCCUCUCCCGCACUGACAUACCUUCUAGCAACAAAAAUGCCACUGAUCUACAUCUGCCUGUGUGCGUUUCAUUAAAUGUCCUUGUAUUAUUUUUGCAAGAUAUUUGUAUCAUCUAUAUUGUUAUUUGCCUAUUUCAUUUUUCAUGUUCGUAUGAUUCCAAAAAGUAACUCUUAACUUAAUAUAAAGGUGUUAUUUCAUAUUAAAUGUGCUUUGCAGCCCAAAGAUAUUGCUCACUUUUGGGAACUGGGUGGAGGAACAUCAUUACUGGAUUUAAUCCGCAUACCAAUAACAAGUGAAAGUUUAAGGCAAGUACUGAGAGUAUGGCGUGUUUGAAUGUGUAGUAUGUGUAAACCAAUAACCAAUACCUGUAUUAUUGAGAAAUAUACGCACCCAGUCAUUUUCGAUGACAUAAGAGCUAUCGGUAUGUAAAACAUAUUUUAUUACAUAGUAACAUACUAAGAUGCACACCAGUGUGCCAAAGCAACCUAUGUGUGCUUAAGCUAAGGCAGUGGUUCUUAACCCCUGGGGUGGGAGCCAAAAUGGGUCACUGAAGGAGCAGGUACAUCACACUCAUCAGAAUCAAGCCAGCUGUAAAUUGUUUUCUGUAGCAGUAUUGCUUUCCCAGUGUAGGAGGGAUAUCUUUGAGAUGAUGAAGAAUCUACUUAGUAUAUUGGAGAAUUGAUGAUUUUAUUGUCAGUAAUAUUACUGAGUGGGUGACUAAGCUAAUGUUUCAGUUGAAGUAUGGAAGAAAAAAAUCUAAGGCACUCACUGUGAUAAAUCAAGCAGAUUUUUUUUCUUUUAUACUUGAUCUUAUGGGAUAUGCUGACCCAUGCUCAGUUAGCACCCUAUGAUUUUUAUGAUUGAGUGUGGUCCCUUUCAAUUGAAGAAUGGGUCACCAAGCAAUUCUAGAUAUAAAGUAAAACUUUGAAUCUGCCAGUUCACAAACACAUUUUUAACUAAAUGAGACUCUGGAAACAUUUGCUCAAUUUAUGUUUAUUUUGGUGUAUUGAAGGGUUACAAAAAUGGAACACCAUACUGUAAUGGGUGCUAUUGUAUGUGGUCUCUGCAUUCUCACUCUUAUAUGUCGUUGCCUUUUUUUGUUUUCUCAGUUUAUGUUCUCAUUUAAUGAAUUUCCAUUUCUUGACAGUAAAAUGGAGAGUAGACAGGUUUUGAACCAGGGCUUCUAUAAAUAUUAGUGAAUCUGGAUAAUAAUUAGUUACAAGUAUUGGUAAAGCUGUGAAAAUGUGUUCUAAUCCUCAGCAUGUUAAAUACAGUACCCUUAGGAAAUAUGAGCAAAAUGGGCUGUGAAAAUGUUUCUUUAUUGAUUAACCUUUUGCUAUUUUGUUCAAAAAAUACAUAAAAAUAAUCUGCUCUCAUUGAUAUCAAACAAUUGCAAUUGUUGUGUUUGCAAUUGUUUGAAAUCCACAAGAGCAGAGUAAUUUUUGUGUACAAAAGGUUAAAUAAUAAAUUCACUUUUCCACAGCUUUCUUUGCUCAUAUUUACCAAGAAUGCCAAUAUUAGUGAAGGGCACUGUAUCUGUUUCAAAUUUAUAUAUUUUAUAUUUAAUUUAUAUUUUUUCUUUCUUUUUUUUUUUUUUUAUCGGAAGGAAAACAAAACAAAUACCAAAUAACACUCUUUUAAUUUUAUUAUCUCUCAGUACAUUCUCUGUAGUUCUUGUUCUCGAUCUUUCAAAACCAGAUGAGUUAUGGUCAUCAAUGGAAAGUCUUCUACAUAGCACCAGGAAUCAUGUGAAUAAAGUCAUAGCAGAUAUUGGAAAAACAAAUUCCAAACUUGCCAAUCAAAUAAAACAGGACGUGUGGAAAAGUAUGCCAAAGGACCAUCCAGUAUGUGUUUGUUUUUUGGGGGUCUUUUCUUUUUUACAUUUGACAUGUAGAUGUCCAUCUUAUUAUUUUGUGAAAUCUUAGAUAGAGCUAGCUUUUUUAGAUGUGUCCAGAUGUGGUGUUCUCAGUGGUGUAUUCUGGUUUCGUGCUGCCCUAUGCAGCAAUCCCUCCCCCCCUUCCAAUGUUCUUCUCCUGACAGACACAUGCCCUCCCUGAUGCAUGCACAGACAUACACUCACUGACAGAUACACAGUCAUUGUCACACACAUUGUUUAACCAAAACACUUUCACUGAAACAUACACAUUCACAGUUACACUAAUUUACAGCAAAGAACUGGAAAAGAUAUGACAGAGACUAUUGGAGGUGUAAUCCCUGCACACAGAACUAUAAUUUUCAAAACUGGUAUUUGAUACACUUUUUUGAAUAAUAUAGUACUAAACCUAAAAACAUUUUUAUUUAACCAUUUCAGUGGCAGAGAUGAACAGUUUAUUUUCAAAGUAAAGAUUAAGUGAUAUUUGAAUAUAACUUGCAGCAUUAAACAGAUUUUAGGAUUAAAACAGUCUGGCACAAGUCUUUGUAUUGACUGAUUUUGUAUGAGUAGUCUACUGUAUUACUGAAGCCAUUGCUUUUUAUUUGUUUGUUUUCUUGUAAACAGGACAGAGAAUUAAUUGAUCCAUUUCCAAUACCCUUAUUAAUUAUCGGGAGCAAAUAUGACAUUUUUCAGGUAAGUGUUUUAGCAUCCACAAGGCACAUUUGGGGGAAUUCCCAUAUCUGCUUAUUUUAUUGCAUUUUAUUCAUAGUUAUCGUGUCUUCGCAGUUUUUUGUUAUGCAAAUCAUAACAAAACUAAAAAACCUGUUUGUAAAUGGGGAAAAAAAGAACAUAACAAUUAGCAAUUUUUUAUUAUAGCAGUUCAUCGCAACCAAUAUGAUUUUAAAUGUUUUGCACUGCAAACGCUCUUUGUGGAGUUGAAAGAUUUAUUACGAAAACCUGUUACUCGAUCUUAUAUUGAAAAUGAAAAUCCAGCGCACUCGCUUAUCUACUAAACAGUCAUUUUAAUGCUGAACAAUUUUCAGUUUUAUUAAAAACACCUAAUCUAGGCAAAAAAAUAUAAUGGGGGUUUAGUUACAGUAUAUGAUCAUACAUUGCAUAAGCCUGCCACAAAGUCAAUGUACCCCAUCUUUGGCAGGUCCUACUCUGUCUGCUAAAUGAGCUUCUCACUUGGGGAAAUCCUUCCAUCUCGAGGUCUCUGCAGUACAAUGCUUAAAUAGGAUCCUGAGAUGAGGCACCUGUAACAGGGAGGGGUGCAAAACCCAUGGAGCUGGCUCCAAUAUAUUUUUUAUUUGGGCAGUGGAGUGUACUUGGUGUGUAGUCAUCCAGGUUAUGAUUCCCUGUGUACCUGGAUUUAAAUUUAAAGGCAUACACAUCAUCUAACCUAUGUAGGCUGUUUUAGCUUAUUUUAUCUCUGCUAUCUCUAAGUCUAAUACAGCCAGGAAAGUAAAAUAUUUGACGUGUCGCUAUGUAUGUAAUGAUGUGAUCACUGGACUCUUCUUUUCUUGAUUUUAGGAUUUUGAAUCUGAAAAGAGAAAAGUAGUUUGCAAGACACUUCGAUUUGUGUCACAUUACUACGGAGCUUCAUUGAUGGUUUGUAUGUUUUGGGAGAUUGUUUUUAUUUAAUUAUGGAUGAGUCUGUUUCAAAAAUAUCUUAUCAUAAUGAGGAGCAAGUACCAAAUUUAACAAAAUGUUGCUGUCCAUCAAAAGUAUAAACCCUGUGAAUGUAUUUACUAGGCUCCAGUUUUUACCUAGAAAUGUAAAAUAUAAAAGUCUUACCUAUGAAUUUAAAAUGUUACGCGCCAGUUGGAUCAAGGACUAUUCAUGCAUUCAUUAGAAACAAACAAAAUAAAAACAAUUUUUUUUUGUUUCUUUGUGCAACAUCACCUCUAGCAGAAGCUGAUUGGCUGUCAUUAGUUCAUCAAAUUCUGAUCACUGUGCCUCUAAAUUCUCCAGUACAUUGGUAUAUAUGGCCAACUUGUUUUUUUUUUUGUUUUUUUUUCAAAACUUGUUUAAAAAUCACAAACGUUCGUUAAUAUUAAUAAAAAGCUUUACAUUUUUAAAAGCUGAGUGAGUACACAGGUUUUUCUUGCACAUGGCCUUAUGUUACUGACACUUCCUGAACUUCGUAACACUUACGCAAAGAAAUCAGUUUAUUCAAUAUUAGGCUCAACAGUUAGGACGAUUAGAAUGUUCUCCUAUUUGUUUAUAUUAUAGUGAUGCAUUUGUGUAGUUCGUUUUUUUUUUUUUGUACAUGUUUAAUAAAAUUGUAAAUACCUGAAUAAUUGAACAGUCUUCCUUUUUUCACAGUUUACAAGCAAAUCUGAGGUGCUCAAAGCGGUAACUCGGUCAUUUAUAAAUCAUUUGGCAUUUGGACUGGACAAAAGGUGAUUUUUAACUGUCAUUGGAUUUCCAAAUUAGAUAUUUGCGAAGUGGAAAUCUGGCGUUCAUACAAGUAAAAAGUCUGCUGAUAAAUGGUCAGAAUCUCAGAUUCACAUCUACCAAUUCAAGUUACAUAAUAAAUUCAAAUGCUUUUUGCAGGCAAAACUUCAUAAAUCCACAAUAUUUAAAUCAAAUAAAUAAAUUAAAUAUAUUGAACCCCUAAUCUCCUAUUAAAUAGCCUUACACCAUAGGCUGUGUUCGCUUAAAUGAUAGAGUGGGUGAGAGGCUGUUCUGUAAUUAACCCUCACACCACCACUAGUUUAAAUAUAUUUAUUACUUGCUUAACUAUUUGCCAUUCACAGUUUUGCAUUUGCAGAAGUUCCAUGAUCAUAAAAAACAUUGAGCAGAUUCACUGACUGCAAAAAUGUGAUUAAUUUAAUGAUCAGCUAAGUAAAGCAUGUCCCAAGUGUGCUUCAAUAAACUGUCAUAGCACACUAUGAAUCUGAACAGUUAUUAGAAUGGAUAGCUAACACACUCUAGGACAAAUAUUCUAUUGCGUUCUGUAUUUUCUCAAUUUUAACUUUUAUCUGGUGUUUUUGUACAGCAAAUCUGUGUCAGUGGAUCAUAAUAAACCGCUUCUCAUUCCAGCAGGGUCCGAUUCGUUAAGCCAGAUUGGUGAGUAUUACACUAUUAAUUAUUUUAAAAAGAAUUUCUUCAAAUGUACUUAUUUUGUACAUAAGAUAUGACAAUCCUGAAUUCUGUCUAUUUUUGAAUCAGGUUCUCCUCCAGCUUCCAGUAGUGACCUACGACAGUUCAGUGGGAGCACACCUAUGGAAUUAUGGAAGAAUGUAUACAAGAGAUACUUUACUCCACAGGUAAAAUAUUUCAUGUUUUUAAUUAUAUAUAAGAUACAUAGUUGUGAACAGUAUAUUUUUUGAAGAAAGUGGGGCAGGGGGACCUCUUAAUAAACCAUUGAGAUGAAUUUUUUUUUUAACAUUUUAGAAAAUUAAAAAUCUUUUUUCCUAGAGUGUAAAUGACAAGAAAGAUGUGAAGGACCCUGCCAAAGAUCCACAGUAUGCAGAAAGUGAAAUUGACUCGAUGCGGGCUCAAAAAGACCAGGUAAGGGUUAUACGUAUUAGAAUAAAUGCAUAUCACUAAAGAUGGUAGCGUUAUUCCCCUAUAUUAAAUCUGCAGAGACCAAUAUCACACAGUGUCUUUUAUACAGAGCCGGUAAUAGUAAUUUGUAUUAAAAUGAAAAGACACAUGCCAUUGCACAGACAAAAUAGAUGGUAUACAUAGUUAUCUGUAUUAAAUUAAUGCAAGUGUUACAACCUACUGGUUGGUUUGCUUGGAGAGGAACUCUGUUGCAGUGGGAUGGCAACACCCUUGCAAUCAUGACCUUCCCAGGUGUCUGGGAAUUAUACGGGAACCUGGGGAAUCUAUGAGGGCAUGGGCGCCUCUUUUUACAGAGAAAGCGAUAAAACCGUAAAGGAGUAGACAGGAAGCAGAGUCAGGUGCUUCUGACAGGCAGCAAAGAAACAAAGUCAAGAAUUAAGCCGGAGGUCAGAAGCCAGGAAUUGCACGAUUAGGGAGCAGAAAGAGAACAGAAGCCGAACAGAAGUUCAGAAGCCAAAACUUUUGUCAGUAACCAGGAGGCAAGAAUUAGGAGCAUGAAUCUGGAAUCAGGAUCAAGGAGCCGAGAAUCAGGAUCCAGAAAUAAGAAUCUGGAUUUAAGAACCAGGACGCUAGGAGACUGGGGCAAGCACCAGAACAACAAGGCACUGACCAAGUGCAGUGUUUGGGUAUUUAUUGGGAGAGCUUAUCACGUGAACAGACCCCUGCAAGCGAGCUCCCAGUAACAAUAACGGAGAAGCUGGGACUUGGCACCUUGGUUGUGUCAGGGCGCCUCCUGCCUGCUCUCCCAGCAGCCUAGCCCCAUCCUGACUGACUCAGCACACUGCGUGGACGUGCACGCGACGCCUGGUGCCAAAGGAGGACACAGGAUGAAGACAGGGGGAAGCACCGUUGGAGCAGAAGCCACGAGGACUUCCUCCUAGGAUGCAGGGGGCGUGCUGAAGCAGGUCGAGCAGGUAAGUGCUGGUGGGUACCGUGACAGCCACAUGAGGGGGUGCCUUAUAGAUAAGUGGACAUAUCACUAUUUGUAUAUUCAAUAUACUUUUAAAAUAUUCCCUAAAAGGUAACUUUAGUGCAAAUCACUAUCUGUGCAGCCACGUAGAGCUAUAAAAGGGUCAUUUUCCCCAGCAGUGAUUAAAACUAUUCUUUUAUUAUCUUAUCUGUAAUUGAUAUAUCACUAAAAAAAAUGCCUACUAGUAAGGCAAUUGGCAAACCUAGACAGUCACCGAACGAAGAGUCAAACAAUUAUCUUCACAGCAAAAUGCUAUCAUAGUGCAAAGGUUUCCUUGCUUAAUUUCUCAUAUCUAAAAGUUUUCUUUUUUUGGAUUAGCACACAUUUAUAUUGUUAUAUUGUUAUACAAUGCUAACUUGUACACAUCAAAAUUCUGUUUAUAUAAGUAACAUGCAGCAUGUUUUAAAUGGCAAAUCAUCAUCCCUCCAGUUACACUUGUUACAAAAUCUCGCUGACCUGGUAAAAUACAUCUGCAGUCACUCUUUUUAGAUUGUAAGCUCCUCUGAAUUUGCUUUUCAUCAACAUGAAUGUUUUGACACUUUUGUAUGUGUAGUACUUUGAAAUAUGCUGCUAUAUAAAUGCAAUUCAUAUUCUAUGUAAAAUGUACACUUAUCAGCCACUGAGGUGAAAGAGACAUUAGAGCUGUUUUGGCAGCACGAGGGGACCUACAUUUUAAUUAGAUGGUUUUAAUGUCAGUGUAAUUUCAGUGUAACCACUAAUAGUUGUAUGAUCAGUGUAAUUUCUAUAAAUAGUUAAUGUAGCUAAAUUAAGUAUAAUGUUGCUAGAUCAUUUUGGUGCUUUUAAAAUAAAAUUGUAAUAUAGCAUGGUAAAAGCUGUAAACAGAUUUAAAUCACAUUCGAUUUUACCACAGUUCUUGUAUCUAAUUAUUACCAGACAGUGCAUCUUUUCCUUGACAAUUAAAAAUAAAUAAAAAUAAUGUGGAUUCGGCUAACUAUAGUCUUUGGACACCAGGGUCCUUUCUUAAGAGGGUUCGAGUUCUCUAUACUUAGUUUUCUUCUGGUGAAUGGGAGGGCUGAAGCUUGAUAGAUAUUCAUAAUAAUAUUAUAACUCAAGUUUGUAUGCUGCCGCAACUUCCUCUAUGUUGAGUGAGUGGUUCUCAUGGAGCGUCUCUCCAAGGCCAUGCCAGGAAAUGCCUAGUUUGCUAGAAUGGAUGUGUUAUACCCUCUCUGUCUCACCUAUGCUACCUAGUCCACCAGCAUAAGAAUGGCUAUCCCACACCAGGUAAUGUCAAACAAUGCACAGUCUCCUGGUUUAAUUUAUGUGGAAUGAUGCCCAGACCCCAGCAUAAUAAUACCUUCAGACCCAAUUACUGACCAGUGAUGCCCAGAUUCCAAGGCUAAUAAUAGCUCAAACCCAAAUAGUGAUCAGUGAAAUCCACAUCUACAGUAUAAUAAUAAGCCCUGUCUGAAGUAGUGACUGGGGAUGGCCAAGUCUGUGGCAGAAUAAUACCCUACAUGGUAACCAGGUAUGCCCAGGUCGCUGGCAUAAUGUAAACAUCUCACCCCAAGCAAUGACCUGGGUUGCCCACUCCCAUGUUGUAGUAAUACACUUCAUCCCAAGUAAUGACCAGGGUUUCCUAGUCCCCCAGUAUGAUAAUGCACCUUACCCCAAGUAAUGUUCAUAGAUCUUGAAGAAAAAACGCACAAUUCGAUUACUGUAAUUCUCUCCUAAUUGGUCUCCCCAGAAACUGUACUGCCCCCCUACAAACUGUGUUGUAUGCUGCUGCCAGGCUAAUCUUUCUCUCCUGUCGCUUCUCUCACACCUCACCCCUCUAUCGAUCCUUACACUGGCUUCCUGUACCCUACAGGUGUCAAUUAGCUCUUACCAGCUCUAGCCCCUAUUACAUUUCUUUACUGAUUUAUUAGUAUGCUCCCUCUCGGUCUCUCCGCUCUACUGGUGACCGUCUCCUUUCUGCUGCUCGCACCCUUACUGCAAAUUCACGCCUGCAAGACUUCUCAUGGGCAGCUCCUUUCCUUUGGAAUAGCCUACCUACCCUUGUCAGACUCUCACCUCGUCUUCAAUCCUUUAUGAAGUCCCUCAAACCCCAUCUUUUCAGGAAUGCUUAUGGCCUCCAAAAGUAACUUCUAUCUCUCAAACCUACCUUUCGCUCUCUCCUAUAGGGCCACACUCCACUCUCUCACCUCCAGUUCUGCUACUUUCCUACCAUGUCUAUUUGCUGUCUCUCAAUACCCCUCUUAUUAUGUUUUUAUACCCCACCUUCUCUAGACUGUAAGCUUGUUUGAGCAGGGUCUCAACUACCUAUUGUUCCUGUUACAUUUUGUUAUUGUCUCAUUUAGUAAAUUCCCCAUUUAUUGUAAAGCACUGCGGAAUAAGCUGGCACUAUAUAAAUACAAAUAAUAAUAAUAAUUCAGUUGGGUCUGGAUUAGACAGGAAACCACACUCAAAGACUCAGUUGAUGAAUAAUAAAAUUAGGUAGAACAUCAGAAAACUCUCUGAAGCAUUUUGUGCCCUGUAUGGGUACUCUAGUCCAGGGCUCAACAAAUCCCAGACGCCAGGUCGCCAAGGCGACUAGAAAUUUCUGCCCUGGCUCCUGGGAUUUGCCAGCUCUCUAGUUAGUGAGGCCGACCAAGGGAGUUUUGACAGUGGCCGUCACAGGGAAUAUUGAAGGUUGGCCGACUGAAGCAGCAUGCAUUGUGUGCGGCGCGUGAGGGAGCAGUACUCUGCCUGCAGUUGCUCUCUGCUUCGUUGCGCUGUCUAAUGAUGCCGGAAGCUGGAAUAUUAUGUCAUUCCAGCCCCCGAUCAUUACAGAGCGUGAGGGAGCAGAGAGAGGAGCUACAGGCAGAGUACUGCUCCUUCGCACACAGGAAGAGAGCAGCCCCACUGGACCCCAGGAAAAACCCACUCUCCAAAAGGUAGGGAGGCUGAGUGGGUUUCAAUUAAAACAAAAAUGUAAGGGUGUGUGAGCCUGUCAGAGUAAGUGAGUGAGUGUGUUUGUCUGUCUGUCAGAGUGCGUGUGUGUGUGCCUGUCAGAGUGUGUGUAUGUGUGUGUUUUGUGAGCGAGCCUGUCAGAGUGUGUGUGUGCGAGUCUGUUGUCAACAUUAGAGUGUGUGAGAGCCUGUCAGUGUGUGUGUGUAUGUGCGCCUCUUUAGGUACCUGCCCCCUCCGAUCGCAUGAGGAAGGUGUUUUCACUCACCUUUUUUCCCACGCCGUGCCAGUUUCGCCAUGGCUGAGAUUAUCAAUUUUUAUGAUCUCAGCUAAGCCAAUGCUGUCCCUUAGGAAAGCAUUGGGAUGAUUUUGUGCAUGCACAGCAAAUGUACCAAUCCACAUCUCCUCAUUGAGAUGCAUUAAAUUAAUGAAUCUCUAUGAGGAACAUUCAGCUCCUCUAUGCAGAGCUUGGAGACAUUGAACCUGGGUGCUGCACGUGGUGCAGCAGUGACCCAGGACUCUCUAGUGGCCAUCUGAGUAACUGUCACUAAGCAGUAAUGUAAACUCUGCCUUUUUGCAGAAAAGGCAGUGUUUACACUGAAACGCCUGCAGGGACAGGCAGUAGACACCAGACCAGCUAUAUCAAGCUGUAGUGGUUCUGGUGACUAUAGUGUCCCUUUAAGAGUUGCAUUUUCUCGUUAAAAAUGACUGGCUCCUAACUUUUUUAGCUGGCUCCUAGAUUCCAAAUACAUUUGUUAAGCACUGCUUUUCAAAUCCACAAUGUGAGUUCAUUGGCAUUUAAUAGCUGUGAAUUUGGUAUGUUAAAAUAUGAUGGGAAACAUACAGUGGAUUUGACAAUUCCAAAAACCAGGUUAAUAAUUUUGUUACAGAAACACUGUAGCAUUAGGUAUACAUAUCUGUAUUCAUAAUGCUACAGUCCUGAUGCCCCUUAAUAAACAGGUCCACUCCCUGUAAUGAGUAAAACAAAAUAAAUUAAGUUAAAACAAAUUACUCACACUUUUCCAGCGCUGAGUCUCCCUUGGCUCUGCUGCAACCUCCUCCUUCAAUGAUGUCAUCUUGGAGGUGUGCACCCAGGAUGAUGGGCCAAUCCAAUACUCCUCAUUAUCAUUAUUAAUUUAUUAUUUAUAUAGCGCCAGAGAAUUUCAUAGCGCCAUACAUAGAAGAGCAUUAGGCAUCAUAGGCGCAUGCACGGCGCUCACCGCGACGUCCCUAAGAUUCUGCCAUAGAAAAUCAUUGAAAACAAUGAUUCUCUAUGGCCGAUCGUGAUGACUCUGUGCAUGAUGUCUCGGUAUGUUACAGUAUGAGAACCGGGAAGUAAGAUUCCCGGCUUUCAUACCCAGAGGGCUUGGAGGUGUGCCUUGAGGCAGCGCAUCUAAACCCUUUAAUAAGUUAACUAGAGCGCUUUGGGGGAUAGGUGAGGGGGGCAGGACUGCAGGGACUAUAAUGACUUCAUUAAUAUGAGAUUGUAAAAUUGCCUACAGUGUCCCUUUAACCCCUUAAGGACACAACUUUUGGAAUUAAAGGGAAUCAUGACGGAAUAUUUCCGUCAUGUGUCAAUAAGGGGUUAAUUCAUAAAUAUUACGUUUUAGAUUUCUUUUUUUUCACACAUUCACACUUAAAGAAUUUUCAUUCUUUUCCUUUUGUUUCUUUCCCCCUUUUCCCCCUGUUAUAUAGCAUGCAUUAUGUUACAUUUCUAUUUAACCGAUAGUUACCCCCAAAUUUUUAGUUUGCUACUUGCUUAUCGAUCCCUUAAUAUUCACAAAAUGUGACUGAUAAGCCACUUGUAAUACUGUAUGUUUAUGGUGAAGUAUUUAUAAACUGCACACUAGAUAACACGUCAGCUGCAAACAGUGAGCAUAUGUACUUCAGGUCAUUGACCGAGAGUUACCUGAUCUAACAUCUGCAGGUUCCAUUUAGAGUUAUCCAUACCUGUCUAUUGGAAUCUCUGGACUGGCUAUUUUCUAAAAAGGGAUUGUAAGCUUUGAACCUGAAAUGUUAGAGAUUGUAAUACAUAUUUCUGUGGGGGUGAAGGUGAAGAUGGACAACAUCAAGCCAACGGCCACAAUGUACUCUUAAUUACCAUAUGUGGCUAUUGAGAUAUUCGAGCUAUAAUUGAUCCAUUUAAAUGGCUGAAUUAUUUCUGUUCUCUUUUUGAUGUUCUUUUUCUACAGGCCGUUGCCUAUUUUACAGUCAAAGUCUUGAUUCUUGAUUCUGAUAUGUCACUUACUAACCCUGUGUUGACAAUUGUUGGAAUAUUUGGGGGGGGGGAAUGCUUAAAGGGUCUUAGGAUGACCUUUUAUGUUUAUAAUGUAUUAAUUAGGUUCUUUCUUACAACUUGCAAAAAAAAGUGCUUUACAUGCCUGGAAUCCAGCACCAAGCGAAAUUCCCUGCAUUGACUUCCACAUCCCUUCCUGACGUUAGCCUCACACGGGACCAUUCCACCAGCUCUGAGCAUGGAGAGAAAGCAGGAGGGAGAGAGGUUCUAAUUUAUUUAUUUAUUCUAAAACCAGCAACUUUAUUGGGUAGGUGGACAAGGGAGAAGAAGGGGAAAACCAAUGCAUGCUGUGUACGCUGACAGCGAACUUAUUUUAUGCAUUGACAUAAUGUAGUUCUGGGAUACCAAAGUCAUAUGUCCCUGGGCAUAACUAUCCACCUGUACACAAGUGCAGAUUACUCCGUAUGUGCAGUGUUACAAGCUGAAACACUGCACAUACAUACUCCUACCAACAUGACCUCUUCAAAUCACUUAACAUAGUUGGAGGUGGUUGUUCUGCAGGACAUUUGCAGAGUUAUGUUUGAUUUUUAAUCAAAAUUUAAGGUGAAAAUAGCUGAAGUGGAAAAAGUCUUGUUUAUUUUUGACUUUCAGUUUGGCAAAAUUCGAAAUUAAUUUACAAUCCACACUUCAGUGAAUAGCCCUGUUGGUCUUUAAAGAGAUACUAUAGGCAAGCAGACCACUUCAUCUCAUUGACGUGGUCUGGGUGCAGUGUCCCCGCCCCCCUUUGUUCUGCAAUGUAAAACACUACAGUUUUUGAGACAACCUCUAGUGCCUGUCUACCAUAGAACCACUAGAGGCAAGUUUGCCUAACUGACGCUGGAUGUCCUGACACUCGGCAUGAGUUCAUCGAGGAUAGUAAAAUGUCCAUAGGAAAGAACUGAGGCAAUGCUUUCCCAUGGGGAGGGCCUGAUGCGCACAAGGCAAUUGCCGCACAUGUGCCUUAGUCCCUGCAGUUGGAUGAUGUCAGAGGAUGCAGAGCGCCAACCCAGCGCUGAGGGACAUCUACGCUGGAUUUAGGUAGGCAAAUAAAGUUAUAAAGUCCUAAACGUAUAUCCUUAUACCCUACUAUUCAUUCCUCAAGCCAUUAUUGGGGCUUAUCUAUACUAGUUGAGAUUAGUUGUGUCUUAGUUUACCACUCUACAGGGUGUAACAGUCCAACAAGUCCUUGUUCGUUACCCAUUUUCUACUCUACCAGGCCAGUUCUGUCUGUCCACACCAAUUUUAGGCAAAUAAAGUUGUUGUUUUUUUUCUCUUUCAUGCUGAGGAGGGGGCCCAUAGGGCUCUAUAGAAUAAGUUGGCACUGUAUAAAUACCAAUAAUAAUAUAGUGUCAGGAAAGAGAAAACUCCUUUUAUUUUGUGUGUAUUUUUUUAUUAUAAUUCUUUAUUGAGAAUGUUAUGAAUACAAGCAGUUACAACAGUUUUAGAGAGAAUUGUAAAUAUAGCAUACAGUCAAAGAUCCAUAAAAUACAGCUCAGAAGGAUAAUGUUACCUUAUUGAGACACGACAGAACUGCGAGUCAUACAACUUUGGGUCUCUAGAACCAAUUAAUGUGAUCUUUUGUGUGUUCACUGUUAUUACACAAGGGGUAACCAUGUAAAACCAUGUAACCUGAGAAAAUAACUGGAGGGGUGGUGAGGUAAAACAUCCGGUUACUGCAGCCACGAGGUAGGCAAUGCUAUGUGUAUAUGUGUUAAAGGCAACAGUGCUGCACCUAAGUAAUGUUUAACCCCUGUGACAAUAAGUAUAUGCUAAAAAAAAAGAUCAGCAAAGGAAAGGGAGGGAAGAGUAUAGAGGUGGACAAGUGCAAACUAUGUACAUAAGUGGGAGAGAGGAGGGUGGUUUGUGUUCUGGUUUGGCCAUAUGGUGUUGUUUUUAAUGGCUGCAAUCACCAUUGGCGCAAUGCUAAGUGGGUCUAGUUAUGUAUUUUGACAAAAUAAUUUGCUAAAUACUUAGAGAAGGAAAAAAGCAGAAAGUUAAAAGGUCAGGAAGAACAUGUCCCCCAUUUCAGACAUAGUUCAGUCAUCGUAUCAGUCAUCGUAUCGCCACUCUUUGUCCAAGAGGCGUCUAGGUUCCCAUUCAUAUACAAACAUAUUUUCCAGAACUGGACUGUACAGAAGCUAGCCAUAGUCGACAAUAUUGAGGACGUUGCACACUGGUGAAAGUGGUGUCUCUACAUAAGACCUCUCAAACCUGUAACCAUCUACCUUUUGUUGAUCUAUAGCUAAUGUCCAACCAUCCAUAGUCUGCCAACACAUCUUAGGUUAUAGUUGAUCAGCACCUGUUUACUGGUUAUUCCUGCUGUAUAUAAGUCCUGUACUGGAGUAUGAUGUUAGAUCGUUUUGCUGUGUUAAGUUAAGGUAUGACAGCAGGGGUUCUCCCUCCACAUAUUAAUAUAAAACAUUUGCCCUCCUCUCUUCUAUAUUGUGCUAACUUCAAUAUAGUGUGUAAUUCCCUUUAAGGCAAUGUUACAUACACAGGUAGACAUGGCAGUAUAAAAAAAAGAGCAACUUAAAUAAUAAUAAAAAAGGAAAUAUACUCAUUUUGAAUAGUUAAAGGGACACUAUAUUGUUAGGAAUACAAAUAUGUAUUCCUACCACUACAGAGCCCUAGUCACCGUUUAGGUCACUAGGGCAUCGUUCCGCGGCAAAUAUUUGCUUACCUUAAUCCAGCACCGGGCUCCCUCGGCACUGGUGACCUCUCGUCCUCCAUCGACGUCAGCUUCCGAGUGGAGCCGAAUGCGCAUGCGCGGCCAGAGGCUCGUGCACGCAUUCAGACCCGCCCAUAGGAAAGCAUUACUCAAUGCUCUCCUAUUGGGAUCUUUUUUGACGCUGGACUCCAUGAGGACGUCCAGCGUCAAAUAAGUGCGAUUUACUAGAUGCUGGAUUAACCCUCUCCGAAACUGCUUUGUUUUUAUCUGCAGGGUUAAAACUAGGGGGACCUGGCACCCAGACCACUUCAUUGAGCUGAAGUGGUCUGGGUGUCUAUCAUUGUUUGUGAACCUAUGGCAUUGAGGCCUAUGAGAUGGCAUUUAAAGUCUGUUAAGGGUAGGCAGCAGUUUUCGUAGAGAGAACUCCACCCAAGAUGGGAGAGAAGAAGCGAUUGCGAUUGAGAGGGGCAAGCCGUAUUGAUUUGUUAGGAAAGCUAAAAUGGUUUAGUGGAAUAAGGAGCUGUAUUACUCAUAUGAAGGAUAUGAGGCAGACUGAAACGAGUACUGAUCUGGUGAGGGAGAAGGAGAAUGAUAUGCAUGGUAGGCAAUAUUUUGUAUAAAUAACAUUAGAGCACACAGUAAACACAGACACAGUUUAUUUACUUUUUAACUAGGCUUGGUCGUGGUGUUUAUUCAAAAUUUAAGGGGAUUACAAUUAUAAUUUUCAUAACGAUAAACAUUUAACCUUUUAAAACUUUUAACUUUAUUAACCACUAAAUUGCCAGUCCGUUUUAGAUGACCUGAAAACCUUUUAAUUAAAACCAUCUACUAACAUAUCCUUCCUCAGAAUUGGACCCUGAGGAUGACUUUUGCCUCCAAUACUAUAUAAGAAAAACUAGUUACGGCGCACUCAGACUUGUAAAUUAAUAACUAAGAAGGCUAACGCCUAUCUAAGAAUAAAUAUGGGGAUUUAGUUCCACCAUAUGGCCAUAUGAUGUUAAGCCCACUACUACUUCAAAGUACCCCAAUAUCAGUGGGUCCUACGCUAAUAACAAAAAUGUGGGAGAUAAAUUAAAUAGUACUAGUGCUAAACAUAAGCUACAGUGUAUUGAAUUCAUUUCUUUGUAAGAGCAAAGUGAGUAUACAAUAGUGAUAAAAGCUAUUAAAAACAGUGUAACAACUAAACAAUUAAAGUGUUGGUGCUUGAAUGAGUAUACUCACAUUUGCAGAUAAUAUCUGUGCUGCAUAAAAAAAUAAUAAAAGUGACAUGACUAUAAAAUUCCUCCUAUUUAUACACACCUGUGGCCACCUCUAAAGAGGUCUCUGAAGCUGGGGGGCCUGGGCGGGGUGCUUAACCCCAAAGGAAUCUGGUCUGGAUUCCAAAUAUAAUUGCACAAAGGAGAGAUUGGGGGCACACCCGUAUACAUGAAAGGUGCUGCCGCAGUGACCAAAAUUCAUACAGAAAAACUAGUUACGGCGCACUCAGACUUGUAAAUUAAUAACUAAGAAGGCUAACGCCUAUCUAAGAAUAAAUAUGGGGAUUUAGUUCCACCAUAUGGCCAUAUGAUGUUAAGCCCACUACUACUUCAAAGUACCCCAAUAUCAGUGGGUCCUACACUAAUAACAAAAAUGUGGGAGAUAAAUUAAAUAGUACUAGUGCUAAACAUAAGCUACAGUGUAUUGAAUUCAUUUCUUUGUAAGAGCAAAGUGAGUAUACAAUAGUGAUAAAAGCUAUUAAAAACAGUGUAACAACUAAACAAUUAAAGUGUUGGUGCUUGAAUGAGUACACUCACAUUUGCAGAUAAUAUCUGUGCUGCAUAAAAAAAUAAUAAAAGUGACAUGACUAUAAAAUUCCUCCUAUUUAUACACACCUGUGGCCACCUCUAAAGAGGUCUCUGAAGCUAGGGGGCCUGGGCGGGGUGCUUAACCCCAAAGGAAUCUGGUCUGGAUUCCAAAUAUAAUUGCACAAAGGAGAGAUUGGGGGCACACCCGUAUACAUGAAAGGUGCUGCCGCAGUGACCAAAAUUCAUACAGAAAAACUAGUUACGGCGCACUCAGACUUGUAAAUUAAUAACUAAGAAGGCUAACGCCUAUCUAAGAAUAAAUAUGGGGAUUUAGUUCCACCAUAUGGCCAUAUGAUGUUAAGCCCACUACUACUUCAAAGUACCCCAAUAUCAGUGGGUCCUACGCUAAUAACAAAAAUGUGGGAGAUAAAUUAAAUAGUACUAGUGCUAAACAUAAGCUACAGUGUAAUACAUGUAGAAAUGAAUUCAAUACACUGUAGCUUAUGUUUAGCACUAGUACUAUUAUUUUGAAGUAUUGAGUGGGCUUAACAUCAUAUGGCCAUAUGGUGGAACCAAUCCCCAUAUUUAUUCUUAGAUAGGCGUUAGCCUUCUUAGUUAUUAAUUUACAAGUCUGAGUGCGCCGUAACUAGUUUUUCUGUAUGAAUUUUGGUCACUGCGGCAGCACCUUUCAUGUAUACGGGUGUGCCCCCAAUCUCUCCUUUCCAAUACUAUAUAACACCAGGACAACACAAUUAAAAUAAAAUUAGAGGGAGGGCGGAGGUCCGUCAGCUCUUGCCUCCGUAACCGCAGACAGGAUUACGCUUGCGCUGCUGCAUUUGAUCUUUCCCAGCUUCCCAUGCUUUUAACGCUCGUGACCUUCUCCCAGGCCAGCUCCAGUUCCAGCAAGAGCAAUGCAGCACUUAUGUUCAUUUUAAACCUGUCUAACUGUAAAACCGCAACAGUUCUAAAAACUUCCAUGGAUUCUCUAUAUCCAUGGCUACAUGGCAGUUUAAAGGAACACUAUAGGGUCAGGAACACAAAAAAAGUAUUCCUGACCCCAUAGUGUUAAAACACCAUCUAGCCCACCCCCCUUGACCGCCUAAAUAUAGUUAAAAAAUUGCCUUUAUUCCAGUCUGCUGCUGGCUCUGCCCCUGAUGUGCCUGCUUGGCUAAAAUCAUCAGAAGUGAUUCUCUCAGCCAAUCACAAUGCUUUUCCAUAGGAAGCAUUCAAUUGGCUGAUAUUGUCAAAGAGGCCGAUCAAAGGCAGAGCCAGCACAAGCCAAACACAGCCCUGGCCAAUCAACAUCUACUCAUAGAGAUGCAUCGAAUCAAAGCAUCUCUAUGAGGAAAGAUGCAUGUCUCCAUGCAGAGGGUGGAGACAGUAAAUGCCAUUCACACUGUGAAGCAUUGCCCCAGUAAGCAUCUGAGGAGUGGCUGGUGAAGGUAUCCCUAGGCUGUAAUGUAAACACUACAGUUUCUCUAAAAAGACAGUGUUUACUGUAAAAAGCUUGAAGAGAAUGAUUAUACUCACCAGAACAAAUACAAUAAGCUGUAGUUGUUCUGGGACUAUAAUGUCCCUUUAACUCCUUCCUUGCCACCAUACAUAUAUGCCACAGUGAUUAAAGAACCAAUCCAACCUCCAUUUUUUAUUUUAAAGUUAAAUUCAUUAUUUAGUAGAUAGGUGAAGUGAAUACAUGUUGGCAUUUCUAGGAAGCCUCUGAAUCUGUGAGCACGGGUGCGUGCACAUCGGUUCGUGCACGCGCAUCUGAUCUAAAGUCUGUAAAGGAGCUAGUCUGAGGUCUGAAGAUUCAGAGAUCCUGUUCUGAGGUCUGUAAAGGAGCUGGUCUGUGGUCUGAAGAUUCGAAGAUGCCGGUCUGAGAUCUGUAAAGAAGCUGGACUGAGGUCUGAAGAUUCAAAGAUGCUGGUCUGAGGUCUGUGGGGAAGGAGGCAGGGGCGCUCAAGUAGAGUGCACCUGCCACUUCCGUUAGCUCAGGGAAGAUAACGGAAGGAGUUUCAUAGUUUAUUUAUAAAAGUGCUGAUAUCUCAAAUAAACACUUUUAUAAACUGGAGUAAAAAUAGGAUAUUAAAAAUCAGCAAACUGGAGUGCUUUAUAAGUGUGGAGUGGUCCUUUAAUGCGUGUGGCUUCUAUUUGAUGCAGAAUAAUGUUGAAUAAAAGGAGUUGUGAGAGAUGGAGAAUUAUGAUGGAGGGAAUGUUAGCAAGGAAAGAGGAUAUGAAAUGAAGAGGAGAGGGAGUGUACUCAAACAGAGAGGGUGACGUUGAUUUAGAGAAGAGCUUUGUAUGGAGUACAAAACCAGAAAUAAACAGGAGUAUAAAAACAUGUCAAUUGGAGCAUGAAAACAUUUAUAAACUGGAGUAUGAAAACAUUUAUAAAUUGGAGUAAGGAAACAUUUAUAAAUUGGAGUAAGAAAACACUUGUAAAUUGGAGCAUGAAAACAUUUAUAAAUUGGAGUACGAAAACAUUUAUAAAUUGGAGUAAGAAAACACUUGUAAAUUGGAGCAUGAAAACAUUUAUAAAUUGGAGCACGAAAACAUUUAUAAAUUGGAGCACGAAAACAUUUAUAAAUUGGAGUAAGGAAACAUUUAUAAAUUGGAGUAAGAAAACACUUGUAAAUUGGAGCAUGAAAACAUUUAUAAAUUGGAGCACGAAAACAUUUAUAAAUUGGAGUAAGGAAAUAUUUAUAAAUUGGAGUAAAGCGACAGGUAUUAAUGGGAGGAGAGCUUAGAUGGGAUGGAAAGUAAAUUCACGUUGAAAGUAUAGGAAACGUAACUGAAUGAAAAAAAAAAACAAAAUAAAAAAAGGGAGGAAGGACUAGAGUGAGGUUUCCAUGAUGAUUUCUCCUUAUUUAGCACUUUUUUAAUUUCAGAAUAACACUUGUUUUGCUUUGCUCAAUCUCCCCUUAUGUCUCCUACAUCCCUGAUCUAGAUAAUAUAUGUAAUGGUAAUCCACCUGCUGUACUCUAGCUCUGCCCUUUGUACUUCCACACAUCUUGUCUGUUUGCUGACGUGUCAUCUUGGCUGUUACUAACAUAACAUCUUACUUAUCACACUCUGAUGUAAAGGCAUUUGGUUGUCAGUAAUUAUUUUUAGGACUAUGUUUUACCUCUGCCAGAAAGCAAUAGCUGACUGAUUACCAGACAUGAGUUUAGCAGGAAAUAUUAUCACUGAAUACUCUACACUGUAUAGUGAUUAAGUCAACUCAGAUUUCUACGCAAAGUAUUAUCCAACACCUUUUUACAGACUUUUAGGUGUUGUACAAACCCAUAUGGUAGUUUACCCCAUAGCUAUGUAAUAGUAAAAAUAAAAUUAGAAACAUAAAAAUGUUCUGCAUUCACAGAUCUAAUUUCAAAAGAAACUGUCUUCUUUUUAAUUUUUUCUUAAUUACUAAAUAUCCUUCCAUGGAGGUACACACUGAAUGACACCAAUUGCAAGUCAUUAGAAAUGCAAACAUGCUAAAGAUCUGUAUACUCUGUUAUUUUGACAGUUUGCAGGUCUAGAAGUAAAGCCAUACUGCUUUUGGGGGAAUGUCACACCUUCUGUAAAAGUGGUCAGUUCCUUUAAAAAGAAGGAGCCUGUAUAGGGAUGGAGGAGUCUUGGCGAUUUUUAGAUUUUGUCAGUUUGCUGAUAUCUGCACGUCAGUAACUGGUACUCUCUUUUAUAACUAAAAAUGUUUGCUGCAAUUUGUUUUUAUAGAGGAAAAACAAAACAAAAGGUAUACAUCUAUAUUUUGUGGUUUCAGGUAACAUUUGCCCAUUGAUCUAUCUGUAUAAAGAGCACUUGUGUGGCAAUGUUUUUAAUACGAGGCAAUUACCAUGGAAACCAAAGAAUGUUUUGAUGAUGGUUUCACUUUUAGAAGCUUGUCUAAACUAAUUAUUUGUAAACCGAAUACAUUUUAAGAUGUUUAGGUAAAGCCGCUUACAUGCCCCUUACUCAUGUGGCAGAAGCACUUAAAAAUAAACAUUGUCAUUCACAAACUUUGCGUAUGUUCAUGGUACAAGAGAAUAUUAUACAUUGUAAUGAUAAAACUGCUGAACUGUGGAUUAAUACUAUAUAAACCAAUCGAUUGCGAGUAGUUGUCUGUGGAACUGCAGACUUUCCAAAAAGAUGCUCAUGGUCGCAAGUGUACCCACUUACGUUUUAUUCUAAUGGCCACUUGAUACAAAAGUGUACUGAUAAUUACGCAGGGCAUAAAGUACUUUAUCAUUUGGCUAGCAGAAUAUAUUCUAGAUUAAUAUGCAGCAUUGCCAGAUAGGACUGUGUAUUAUUUGCUACAUUAAGAUAAAUGCACCAGUUGUACUUUAACAUGUAAAGUGCUAUAACAAAACAUAAUGAGUUGGAUGGAAGAGAGAAAUGUUCUAGGUAAUGCUAUUUUAAAUGUCUCAGAUCUGAGCCAAAAUAUAUGCAUCAGAAAGAGGAAAAAUGUAAGCUGUUUUCCCAAAUAACAAUAUAUAAACGAUAUUCCACCACACUGCAAAUAUACCUACCCAUACCCCAGUACAUGGCAUCCAUAUAUACAUAUAGCACUGACUUUUCCUUUUUCUUUUAGUUUUUUUUACUUAAUAGAUAUGUAAAAAGAAUUUGCAGUGUCAUUUUUUUUUAGCUUGCUAUUCAGUGAUAAUUGUAUGUUUUUUUUUAAUUUUAUUCUAGGAGCUGGAACAAUAUAAAAGAAAUGCUGAUAAAUCCUGGAAAUCAAUGGGGCUUGAUUCUAGAAUACGAUGAGUGUUUGGCCUUUGCGUAUAUCUUCAUAAAUUAAAAAAAAUACAAAAAACAGUGGAAAUUAUUUUUCUUCACGGCUAUAUGAAAUGAAUGUGGAAAAUAGUUAUUACUUUUUAAACACUGUUUCAAUGGAUGCUUUGGUGGAUGUGGUAUAGAUUGCACUUACAAGGGGUUAUUGCUAAUAAUCUGAAAAGGGACAUAAGUUAUUUAAUAAAAGGUAAAAUAAAUGCUAAAAAUGUUUGUCAAUUUUUUGUAUGUUUUAACAAGCAACACAAAACAUACACUUUUCAAUAAUUAAAGAGACACUCCAAGUUUGCAGUACAUUCCAAUUCCAUGCAUUAUAGAGGCAAUGCAUUAAAAAAUAAAUAAAUAAAGAUUCUCAUAUCUAACCUCUACUAUUUUGCUGCAAAUAUGCAGCUUCUCCAAAGACCAGUGAAGGAGCUUAAUAUUCUCAGUCUAUAAUGCCCUAUUCGUUUUUCAAUGGCGCACUGAGCAUAUCCCAUUUACGAGAAAAUGUAUAAAUGUAGCCACUAUGAAAGCUAUUAGAUGCUGUGUGCACUGCUUUAAUUAACAUGUAGAAUAGUCCCAUUCAUGUUUUUUGCAAAAUAGGCUCUCUUAUGGAAAUGUAUGAGAGACCCAGUGCACGUUAUUAAAGCAUCUCUGUGACAUUGCAUAUGAAAAUUAUAUUUUUAGCUAUUGUUGCUUUACAAACUGAUAAGCUGGGCUAUUAAUCUAGCAACUGGCAUAAUUGUAUUUCUUCAAAUUAUUUAACACCUGUACAGUAUAUUUGAUCUCAUUUUGAAAGACCAUAAUAGAGUACUUAAAUUAUGCAUUUUGAAGGUGAAUAUUACAUUUAUGCUUCAAUCCCCCACGGAAGAGAUUUGAAUAUCAGAAUAACCUCAAUGAUGGAUUCUAGUGUACCUUUUGAAGUGCUUCUCUUAUCUCACUCUGAACCAGAAUUGGUGCCGUUUAUUACAAACCUAGUGGUUUUUGACAUUGUUCGACAAUGUGCCAAAAUGCCAAUCAUCACAUAAACACAGUAUUACAAUCAGUACUUUAAAUCUGCAAGAACCAAACCAUGUUUUGCAUGUGCCUUAAAAUCCGAAAAUGAAAAAAAAAAAAUCUGUAAACUGAAUUCAUUUUUUAAACUUUGAUUUUAAAGUCAUUUUAUAAGUCAUGUUUAAAAAGUAAUCAAAACAUCAGUACUACUGUAAUUGGUGAUCAUCUAAAUGAGAAAG